CAGGCGACCAUGGUGGGGACAGUUUGGUUUUUAACAGGAUUUGUAAAAAGUGUGGUCGAAAACACUGACCGCUCAUUACACUGCGGUGAACUGAAAGUUACAUUUUCACAGCUCUGCGAAAUUGAGCUUGAAUUUCCAGAAUGUGAAGGUCCAGUGGACGUUUGCUCCAGGGCGAUGUUUUUGUGUGAAGACUCAGUGGUUACGGUGGUGGAGUUCGUGUAUCAUGGCCCGGUACCCCGGGGGCUGACGAAUAUUUUAAGGACCCAUGGAAUUGUCUAAAAUGAGGCAGCUCCGCCCACCCGUGGCACCAGGCCAUGUAAAACGAAUCGACAAAUGUCAGCAGCGCGCGUAGUCGGGGCGGCAGCCUAUGAUAAGUCUCUCAGUUCCUGUCAGAAACACAGCUGAGCAAUGAUUCAAUUGUCAGCGGCUGUGAAAUAGAUCCACUUGUUGCUAUAUGUCACAUUCAUCUGGAGGAGAUUUGUCGAAUAAAAAAAACGAGCGGAUCGUACAUCAAACAGACGGAGAAGUAUUGCUUUAUUCCAUUUUGGACUAAACCUUAGACAGAAUAUUCCUAUAUCUAGAUUCUACAGGUAGACUUUUGAUGUCUGCGCGGUGGGGGUCUUUAUGGCUGCGUGGACAUGUCAUUCUGGGCUACGGGCUCUUUCUCCUGGUCGCCCUUCCAGACCUCACCACAGGCAGGCAAGGGAACUGCACCUACCCACUGGUGCCAGAACACGGAGGCUUCCGCUGCGAGCCCUCCCCCUGCCGAGGCUUCCCCCAGAAGAGCGUGAUCUACUUCUUCUGUGAGCCCGGCUAUGCCAUCCCAAAAGAGAUGGUGCGCAGCUUGCACUGCCGCCAAGGCAAAUGGAUCCCCAGCGUGCCCACAUGUCUCGCCAUGCGAGACAGACAUGCUAACUAUGAGGACCAGGUGGCCCACUCACUCCCCAGCGUUGCCACGACGGCGGUGGGCGUGUCCAUAUUCCUCCUCACCACCACGGCCUGCUUGGUGAUCAAGUCCCGACUUUUCCCCUGUCACUCACAUAGCAGGCGCUCCUCUGACCAGAUGGAUCUGAUGGUGGAUGGCCUGCCUGUGUCUCUGCCCAGCUAUGAGGAGGCUGUCUAUGGGAGCUGGGGGCAACGCCUGCCACCCUGCAGAGGGCCCACCCAACUCUUACUUUCCCAGGCGGCUCCAGGUCCAUCAUUAGCGCACAACCUAUCAGAUUCCAGUUACCGUAUCCAUCCAUCCAAUCAAAGCCCCGAUAUCCUUCCGCCCCCUUACGAAGAGAUGGAAUCCCAUCCCAGAGAGGGUCAGAGUGAGGAUGACGUGCAGGCCAUACAAGUUGCACUUUCCGAUGACAAGAACAUUUGAGCGACUGGUGUAUUUGUAUUACCCACCAAUGAUGUACGGAUUAAAAAAAAUAAUGUGCUCAGGCACUUAUAUAGAUUCAAGCCUACCAGCUUUAUCGGGUUUAAACCUUAUACAUAGCACACCAGUUCUGAUUGGCUGUAUGUUAUGAGGUGUAUCCUGCCAUGGAGACAUGGUUUAUAUCCCAUCAGUGAUGGGACCUGAGCCUCGUUUGUUGAGGUGACUUUGGUAAUGCCAUUACUGUUCCAUCACAGGGACCUGUGUGUCUCUAUUGUGCACUGUGGGUCAACCCAGCUGGUGAGAGUAGCAAUGGAGGUUACUCACUCUCCUUUCCUUGUUGAAUUAUGAUUUGCGAUGAUGGCUGAGUUGUAGUGUCGAUUAUGGAAACCAGCAGGUGACUGGACAGUGUACACAGAGAUCACGUGAUGUCAAUUUAGGAGUAAAAACUGUGUUCUCCCUCCCCUGAAACAUAUUUUGAGCUCUAGCUACAACCCCAGUCCAAUUUUGACUGCCGUUUUUGGGAGUGGUGACUGACUGACCACAUGGAAGUGUUUUCACCACAGUGGUGAGAAAAGUACACAAUUGUCAUACUUGAGUAAAAGUAAAGAUACCUUAAUAGAAAAUGACUCAAGUGAAAGUCACCCAGUAAAAUACUACUUGAGUCAAAGUCUUAGGUUUUAAAUAUAUUUUAAUAUACUCAAAUGCUCAAUUUGUAAAUUGUGUUUAGUGAGUCCACAAUAGAGGCAAUAGGGAUGACCAGGAAUGUUUUCUUGAUAAGGGUGUGAAUUUUCCUGUGCUGCUAGGCAUUAAAUGUAAAGAGUACUUUUGGGUGUCAGAGAAAAUGUAAAAAGUACAUUUUCUGUAGGAAUGUAGUGAAGUAAAAGUUGUCAAAAAUAUUAAUAGUAAAGUACAGAUACUCAAAACAAUGACAAGUAGCACUUCAAAGUAUUUUUACUUAAAUACUUUACACCACUGCACUUUCUACACCUACCAGGCACGCACAUGAAACCCUCCACCAUGCCAAGUGUACCCCACGCUGAGUAUGCACCAACCACCUCUCCUCUAUCUGCUUCAAAUUAUUGACCAGAGUAUGUGGAGGGUCAGGAGCAGAAACCCCCAGGAUGUACUUAUUGAAUGUAGUUUUUCUUUUCAAUAGAAAAAAUGAAAUGAUGUAAUGUAACAUUUUAUAUUGUAUUGCACAGAAGAUUAAAAGUCAACAUUGUUUCUAAUUGUUAAA